CUCUUCAAUGUCGAUCGAUUGGAUUUUUCAUUGCCUCGAUCAUGUUUGUGGAAUAAUAGUUUUAGCAAUCGAUGCCCUUUGAAAGAAAUUAGUCCUAAGUAUAUUUCCAAUUUCUCUCAUCACGUACCUCAAACAUCUAGAUUCAGAAUGCUAUCUCGCGCGCUUGGACCAUUCAGACCAGCUGGGGUCGCAGUAAGGACCCUCACCAAUACUGAGUUGCCCAGAGGGCCAGCACGGACGGGGAGAGCCGUGAUUCCUGAAGGCGGUGAGGACCCACCGAAGUACAGAAUACAGGCGCGUCACCCCAACUGGCCAGAGAAAGUGAAGAUUGUAGAGGUCGGGCCACGUGAUGGGCUUCAAAACGAAUCUAUCUUUGUGCGUACUGACGACAAGCUGAAGUUCAUCAACAUGCUGGUGGAUGCUGGACUAAAGCAUAUUGAAGCCACAAGCUUUGUCUCAGCCCGUGCCGUUCCCCAGCUGCAAGAUGCAGAGACACUCAUGCGUGAGCUUCCCGACGCGCCCGACGUAACGUUCCCUGUACUUGUGCCCAACCAGAAGCAGUUUGUGCGAGCGCUGGAAUCUGGUGCAAAAGAAAUCGCCAUCUUCACAUCUCCGUCGGAGCGAUUCCUUCGUGCCAACAUGCGGGCGACUGGUGAGGAGGUGAACGACGCAUACAAACAGCUAGUGACGGAAGCGCAGGCUAAGGGCAUUCCAGUCAGAGGAUAUCUAUCCUGCGCUAUUACAUGUCCGUACGUUGGAUUCAUGGACCCAGAUGACGUUGCACGGUUGGCAGAAGCAAUGAUCGAGUGGGGCUGCUAUGAGGUUUCACUCGGUGACACCACUGGAGCUGGCACCCCAGGCAGCACACGUUCGAUGCUGUACAGCGUUCUGCAGCGCAUACCGGUUGAGCAGGUGGCCCUGCACUGCCACGACUCCUACGGCCAGGCGCUCGCUAACAUUCUGGCCGGUCUGGAGAUGGGUGUGACAACUUUCGAUUCAUCAGCUGGUGGAAUCGGUGGCUGUCCGUACGCGCCACGAUCCUCGGGCAAUGUUGCCACCGAGGACUUGGUGUUCAUGUUGGCUGGCAUGCAAAUACACACGGGUGUCGACCUGAUGAAGCUGAUUGCCGCCACAAAGUUUAUGAGCAGAAUGGUGCUUAAUCGCAAGAAGAGCCACUCGAAAGUCGUGGAGGCAUUCCCGCUGGACGAGACGGUGACACGAUGAGGAGACGAAUCCACGCAUGUUUUUAACCACUAGCUGGGUUUUUUCUCAGCUCAGUUGAUUUCGUUUUCUUUUGAAUGGACACCACGUUAGGGGCAUGCACCAGUGGUACAAGAGCCGUAUUUUCCAGCGUACACCGAGACUGCUUGCAACAUACAGAGUUGCCUGGCAAUGCAAUACAGAGGCACGCUCUCAUACAGACGAAUUCUACAGGCUUGCAUCAGAUUGCUGUAGCCCAUGUCCCUAACAUAAACGAGCCGUGAUGCCAACGCGCGGCUGUUGAAUCACUAUGAUCAUGGAUUGAACUUCUGCCAUUUCUUUGCUUGCUUCCGUUGCCCAUGACCCUUUAAAUCCUCA